AUGUUCAAUCUCCACCGCUUCUAUCGCAAAGCGCCAACCUCAGUGGAGGCAGAAUCUGACUCCGCUGAAAAAUCCAUACUUUUGGAAGACUCGGAGAAAGCCAGUUAUACCAUAGAUGAUGUCCCAUCGUCACCCUCAAAGUCCUGUACCAAGCAGAGGAAGCUGCCCUCUGUCUUCAAACUCCUUCUCAUUAUAUUUGGUUUUGCGUUCGCUUUGUUCUCCGGGCAGACAAUCAGAAAAUAUGCUACACUGGGAUAUAAAGCUUUGCUGCAGAGCAGUAAAGCCGAUAAUCACGUCGGCUGUGGCCAAGGGGUCAUCAUUGCAGCGCCUCCCUUAGGAGUGAAUCUCCUAGACCGGACAGGCUUCGAGGCCAAAUGCAGCACCUCGGAUCCAGACCACCCGUGCGGUCUCGCAAUCGACUCCAAGGGGAAGGAAACUUUUUGGCAAAGUCAAGCUGGUGCAAGCCACUGGAUCGAAAUUGACCUCAAAAAGAAAUACAACGUGCAGAAUAUCGCCGUGACAUCAAAUCCACUGACGCGCGAUGGUGUGGUCCUGAGCCAUCAAGUGGAAACUGCUCCAGAAAAGGGGCAGUGGGAGCUGGCUGCUUUUGGACUUUGGAGAGACGAUCGUAGUGUAAAAAACGCCACUUUUGAACCUCGUCCAGUCCAGUUUGUGCGCCUCACGGUGCUUGGGACAACGGGAAACCAGAAGUUUGUUGCCAUUAGCGACCUCAACAUCUACGCUGCUGACACCAUCCCGUCCGCUCCUAUCAAAGGAGGAAGAUGGGGCGUUACCUUGAAUUUCCCUCUGGUACCCGUUACGGCGUUCUUGGACCCGGUCCACCAACUUUUGAUCACGAUGGCAUCCGACGCGCGUGACAUCUAUAAUUCACCUGGCGUCCCGCAUACCUUUGCAGCAACAUGGGACCUAAAGGGGAGAACGAUCGUGGAAGAACUGCUUAGUCAGACAGGACACAACAUGUUUUGCCCGGGCACCUCGUACGAUGAAAGCGGUCGAGUGUUCGUCACAGGCGGAUCCACUCCAAAACAGUUCAGCAUCUACGACUCCCGGACCAAGUCGUGGACGAACCCGAAAGAUAGUAAAGGUGAGAACAUGAAGCUUGCGCUAGGCCGUGGAUACCAAGGCCAGACGUUCCUAGCCAAUGGAAAGACCUUCAUGAUCGGGGGAACGUGGUCGGGUGGCGAAGCUGACAAGGAGGGCGAGAUAUUUGAUUCAACGCGCGGGUGGACGAUCUUGACCAACGUCAGGGCAAACAACAUCAAAAUGGACAUUUCCGUCAACUGUACAACUCCCAAGGGCGUGGUACCCUGUAUUGCCACCGGAUGGCGACAACACCACCCGUGGCUCUUUUCAUGGAAGAAUGAUAGUAUAUUUCAUGCUGGACCUUCCAAGCAGAUGAACUGGAUCUCCACCGCACCCCCUAGUGGCAGCAUUCGGGCCGCGGGAUUCCGCGAAGACAAGACCGCUGGUGUCGCUGAUGGUGAUGCAGUAUGUGGAAUCACUUCAAUGUAUGAUGCCGAGAAUGGGGUCAUUCUCACAGCUGGUGGUGCUCCCAAUUACCACUACUGGAAAGAGGAUCGGAAAACGGACCCGAAGGUCGACCCUCAUCGAAAAGAAGCGACUAACAACGCAUUCGAAAUCAAGCUUGGGGGAGUACAGGUUGACGCCCCUGUGUCUCCCACCAAAGUGGCUUCAAUGAAACACCAACGCAUCUUUGCCAACGGCAUCGUCCUCCCCAACGGCGAAACCUUGGUGGUCGGAGGUCAGCGCCAGGGUGAGCCCUUUCACGAUGCAACUUGGGUAUCUACUCCGGAAAUAUACUCGCCGGAUAACAAGAAGACGUGGAGAGACGGAACUCCCAACUCUAUCCCCCGAGCGUACCAUUCCUGGGCCGUCCUCUUGCCUGACGCUACCGUGCUGGUGGGCGGUGGCGGCCUCAACUCUAAUUUUCCCGAAGCGAAUCACUACGAUGCUCAGAUCUACCACCCUGGCUACCUAUUCACCCCCGACGGCAAGACCACCGUCGCGCGGCCGCAGCUCAGCACCGUCGGCCACCAGACCGAAUACAAGCUCGGCGAGACCAUCACGUUCACCUCCAACGUGGUCGUGGACGGCGUGGCCAGCCUGAUCCGCUACAGCGCCGUGACGCACUCGCUGAACAACGACAUGAGACGCAUCAAGCUGGCGGUCGCCACCAAGGGCAAUGCUGCAGACAAGAAAUUCUCCGUGACCAUCCCCGCCGAUCCCGGCGUCACCCUGCCGGGAUACUGGAUGCUGUUCGUGCUGCAGAACGGCGUGCCCAGCGUGGCCAAGACUGUGAGGAUCACGAGGUGA